AUGAGCAAGUCGUUGCAUCCCGCCAGAUUUGAGUGUCGCGAGCAGAAUGCCACGCAGUACGUGUGCAAUGUGUUGCCCGUUUACGUGGAUUACACCGGGACUGUUGAGAACGGAUCGCAGUUCUGGGACUCGCAAUUGGAGAAGCAGGUCAUAGACGAUAAGACACAGGUUGUGAACUACAUGCGUGGCCGGCGAUUGGUGGGCGUGGAGCACGCGUUUGCGGGCGAGUACAAGGUGGAUGUUUUUGAGCGCAAAGAAGAUGACGGUAUUGAGUCCAAGUACCAGCUGAUUGGCCAGAGCGACACGAUAGUUAACUUUGGCCACGAGAGACUGCCGGAGGAGGCAGACGCCGUGGAGAAGCUGAUGGAGUGGGUUUCAGUCGCGAAACACAUCCACGAGGAUUAG